AUGAGAGGCGUACUCUCAUUUGAGAGUACAUGCUCAAUUGCACAGCUCCCUCCCUCCUCCGACCCCCUCGAAACCCCCCUCAGAAGCCCUCACGUGAGGCACAAACUCCCCCACCUCCCCUGCCCCUGCCUCCUUGCCGAACUUGCUGCCCCUGUCAACAGUAGCGAGUUCCUUGACUUGGACGCUUGGUCCCACGCCCUGGAUGACUGGGCUGUCAAGGAGAAGUUCUCCUGGCGGCUCCAGAGGAGGGACAAAGAUGGGGCAACCGCCGUUUGUCCCGAGGAGGGCUGUGCCUGGCGUGUCCGAGCCAGCCCCAACGACGAGCUUCCUUUGCUCAUCGUCGGGGCUGGCUCAGACAUGCCAGGCACAUAUGAGAAUGGGGGGAGUUUCUAG